AUGUUUAAAGGUUCGAACUAUAAACCAUUUCAUGUUGUGAAUGCUACGUUUGUAGGCGUGAAGCUGCUACAAUUCAUUCUAGUAUGGCUUGCACCAUCAACAUUUGACACAUCCACGCAUCUAUUUCUGGAGCGGUUUGGUAUCACAUCAGACCCAUGGUGGAGUAAACUUCUAGCCUGGGAUUCGGUGUUUUUUGUUAAGACUUCAGAAUGGAUACGAAUAACUGGCAAUUGGACACCCCAAUACGAACAUGAAUGGGCAUUUUCCCCAUAUUGGGCACAGAUCAUAACAUCAUCGGAUGUACAACACACAGUACUGCGAGCUGUCGUCCUAAACAUUCUUCUUCAUUAUGUUUCAACAUGGAUAUUGUAUUUUUUAACCAAAGUGACCUUUCCGCCAUUUGGACAAAAGGCUCAAACUGAGGUUGCAUUAAUAACAUCGGUUCUAUUCAUACUUUCAAGCGCAGCAGGCUUUUUAAUAUCCAUUUACUCAGAGCCAAUAGCAUUCACUUUAUCACUCUUUGGUAUGCUCUUAAGACAGCUGUCAGUUAAAUUCGAUGUGUAUGGUAACAUUCAAUUGAAUCAUAUUAAAUGGAUUGGAUAUGCAUUAUCAUCAUUCUGCUUUUCAAUGGCUUUCCUUAACAGAUCCAACUGUCUGCUGCUUGGAAUAUUUUACAUUUAUGACUGUUUAAAUCUUUGGAAACAAAAGAUGUGGAUCACUUCCAUAUUUUAUCCUAUCUUUUCUGGAGCUGUUUUGUUCGCAACAUUUGUAUACUCCUAUUAUUACGUUCCAUAUGGUGUUUUCUGUCCAGAAAGAGGUGAGUGGUGCACCAGAAAAAUUCUUGAUCUUCCCCUUACUUAUCAGUCAUUAUAUUCUUAUAUCCAAAGCAAGCAUUGGAAUGUUGGAUUUCUGAAGUACUGGACUCUCAAUAACAUUCCAAACUUUCUUUUCGGUCUUCCAAAUAUUUUGAUCAUAUGGAAUUCAGUCGAUUAUUUCUCUUAUCAAUAUACUCUACAGAAUAUGAAGCCAUACAUUUGGAUAGCUCGUGCGCUUCUAUUAAUCAUCGUAUUUUUCGCAAACGUUCAGAUCAUAAAUAGGGUAUCCUCAUUUUUGCCUUUACCUCUGUGGUUCAUUGCGGACAUUUUACAUAAAAAAUACACCGACACCAGAGUAGUAAAGUACUAUCUUAUUUGGUUGCUGAUAUGGAUACCACUCCAAACAGCUUUAUUUGCAUGCUUCCUUCCUCCUGCAUAG